AUGUCUUCCAUCACAAAUCAGAGCACGAAGAAGUUGGAGCAGGGCACCAACGCUGCCCUGUCAAAUGCUGAGUUUAGCAGCGCCAUCCUUGAGUCAGGCAGCCAGCCCAACGAGGACCUUGGAAAAGAGGUCGAAAACACACCCGGGGCGGGACGUCCAGCGCCCGGCACAGGGCCACAAUACGCCGGAGGGGGCAGCAUCUGGAACAAUGAGAUAAAGCGGUCCUACGCACCAGACUAUGUCGGCUUCGUGAUCCUGGUCGCCGCAUACGCAUUGAUCGUCCUCCUCGUCGAGCCCUUCCACCGCCUGUUCUACAUAAACGACCUAGCAAUCUGCUUCCCGCACGCCGAGGUCGAGCGCGUGCCCGUGGCGCUCAACGUUGUCUACGCCGCAGCCGCGCCGCUGGUCGUGAUCGUCCUCGCCAACAGCCUGACGGGCGCCUCGAGGCACAAGCACCACGUCGCCGUCCUGGGGCUCGCCAUCGCGCUGAUCCUCACGAGCUUCCUGACCGACACCGUCAAGAACACCGUGGGCCGCCCGAGGCCCGACCUGGUCGCCCGCUGCAAGCCCGCGCCGGGAACCCCCGAGAACAAGCUGGUCGGCGUCGACGUGUGCACCGAGACCCGCCACCACGUCCUGCACGACGGCUGGCGCAGCUUCCCCAGCGGCCACAGCAGCUUCAGCUUCGCCGGGCUGGGCUACCUGAGCCUCUUCCUGGCCGGCCAGGUGCGCUUGUUCGUGGUCGGCGCCGGCGGAACCAGCAGGAAGAAUGGCGGCGCCGGCGGCCAAGGCCCCAACGGGAGGGCUGGGGUAGACGACGGCGACGACAGGGCAGUGUACGCUAGAGGCGACCUCGCCCGCGCCCUGCUGUGUCUGGCCCCGCUGCUCGGGGCGGCCAUGAUCGCCAUCAGCCGCUGCCAGGACUACCGCCACGACGUGUACGAUGUGUGCACCGGUGCGCUGCUGGGUUACGUGGUCGCGUACUGGAGCUACAGGAGGUACUGGCCGCAGCUGAGCAGCUGGCAUUGCCACGAGCCGUACCCGGGUCCUAGCAACGACGGAGGGGGGUUACCGCUGUACGGUCGCCUCAGGGACGAGGAGGAGGGCGCCGGGGGCGGGAACAAUCCAAGCUGA